AUGCCAUUAUCAAUUGAAUCUGAAAUUGAUCUUCUUUAUCAUCUAUCAACAAUGUCUGAACAUGUUUUACCGAAAGGAAUUUUUUAUCUUCUAUUAUGGAAACGUCUUAAUCAAUCUAGCAUUCCACCUACUUUUUCAUUCAAGGAAAUGGUUGAUCAUCUUCGUACAUUAUAUGAUGAAAGUGUUUUUGAUAAUCCAGAAUUACCUGAAUCAAAUGAUCAUGAUUUUCAAUGGAAUCCCGGUGAUAUUGAACAACAACAACAACAACAACAAUCUGAAAAAGAUUCAUCAAAUAAACUUGAAACAACACCAAUACCAACAACACCUCAAUCUUUAACUAAAACACGAAAACGUCCAACAUCACCAUCAUCAAUUACAACUAAUAAUGAUAUUAAUCGUCGUAGUAGUCGACAAAAAAAUAAUACACAAACAAAAGAUGAAGAACAACAACAACAGCAACAAACAAAAGUUGAAAAACGAAAAUCUAUUAAAGAUUCAUCUCGAAUAUCAACACGAUCAAUACCUAAUAAUGAUUCCAUUGGUACACGUUUACGAGGACAAAAAUAG